GAAAGAAACUCCUUGACAAAUAUCUUCUUCCCUCCAAUUCUCCUCUGAACCCUCCCCAGAUUCCCGCAAAUAUUCACACCAACAACGCAUGUACAAGAACAAUCUCUCUCUGCAGAAAAAGAGUGGUAAAACUCGAGUUCAGAAGCAUUUCCGAUACAAAUCAAUUUUUCUGAAAAAUCUCCGAGCAAAUGGGGAAAGACGAGGAUGAGAUGAGGGGAGAAAUAGAGGAGCGCUUGAUAAACGAGGAGUACAAAAUUUGGAAGAAGAACACCCCGUUUUUGUACGAUCUGGUUAUCACCCAUGCGCUGGAGUGGCCGUCGCUAACUGUGGAGUGGCUGCCCGACCGGGAAGAGCCUCCGGGCAAGGAUUACUCCGUCCAGAAGAUGAUUCUGGGGACACACACUUCGGAGAACGAGCCCAAUUAUUUAAUGCUGGCCCAGGUACAGCUGCCCCUCGAAGAUGCUGAAAAUGAUGCCCGCCAUUACGACGAUGACCGCUCCGAAUUUGGUGGUUUUGGAUGCGCUAAUGGGAAGGUGCAAAUUAUCCAGCAAAUUGAUCAUGACGGGGAGGUCAAUCGGGCUCGUUAUAUGCCACAAAACUCAUUUAUUAUUGCUACUAAGACAGUCAGUGCAGAGGUUUAUGUUUUUGAUUAUAGUAAACAUCCAUCUAAGCCUCCCUUGGAUGGUGCAUGCAACCCUGAUUUGAGACUCAGGGGGCACAGUACUGAAGGAUAUGGUUUGUCAUGGAGUCAGUUCAAGCAGGGUUAUUUAUUGAGUGGUUCAGAUGAUGCCCAGAUAUGCUUAUGGGACGUAAAUGGAACUCCUAAGCAUAAGGCUUUAGAUGCGAUGCAAAUUUUUAAGAUUCAUGAAGGUGUGGUAGAAGAUGUUUCAUGGCAUCUCAGGCAUGAAUACUUGUUUGGUUCUGUUGGAGAUGAUCAGUAUCUGCAUAUAUGGGAUCUCCGUACUCCAUCAGUGAGCAAGCCUAUACAGUCUGUAGUUGCUCAUCAAAGUGAGGUAAAUUGUUUAGCUUUCAAUCCAUUCAAUGAGUGGGUUGUAGCAACAGGAUCUACCGACAAGACUGUUAAAUUAUUUGAUAUGCGAAAGAUUUCUACUGCUCUCCACACGUUUGAUUGCCACAAGGAGGAGGUUUUCCAGGUAGGAUGGAAUCCCAAGAAUGAGACCAUCUUAGCUUCUUGUUGUCUUGGUAGGAGAUUGAUGGUCUGGGAUCUUAGCAGGAUUGAUGAAGAACAGACACCGGAGGAUGCUGAGGAUGGGCAGCCAGAGCUGUUAUUCAUUCAUGGUGGUCAUACAAGCAAAAUCUCAGACUUCUCGUGGAACCCCUGUGAAGAUUGGGUUAUUGCCAGUGUAGCCGAGGACAAUAUACUACAAAUCUGGCAGAUGGCAGAGAACAUCUACCAUGACGAAGAUGAUCUACCUGGAGAUGACUCCACUAAAGGUUCCUAGUUCUCGAAGCUUCAAAAAAAUUAGUAUGGAAGGAGCCAAAUAUGAUUAGUUAGAGAACCAAUCAUGUUGGAUGUUUUAUACAUAACUUGAUGUGGUUUCUUUCGUUCCAUCUGUAUCAUCAGUUUCUCAGUUUUAAUGUAGUGUUGAAUAUCAAAUUGCAUUGCUACUAUACUGCAUAGUGACUGCCUGCGUCCAUUCACUUAUUCACGAAGGAUGAGAACCAUAAGGAGACCAAAGAUUUUUGAUGUAGGUAAUGUUGUUCCAGGAAAUGAAUGAAGGUAUUUUGAGUGAGUUUUAGCAUGAUUGCUACUCCAAAUCACUCAACUGUCACCAAACUCUUACGGAUUGAUCUCUGCCUUUGUAAUAAUCAUGACUUAUUUGCGGAUUGAUCCAACCUUCAAUAAUUUCAGUACCCUGCAUCAACUGAACAGUAGUAUAGGAGAGAAGGGUCUCUUUUAUCUGAAUGUAUAAGCUUGUGAAGGACAAGAAGUUGUCAAAUGGUAAUUGGAAGGGAAAAUUCUUCUAUGUGAGAGCCCCAUCAGGUCAAGGGUGGGUUAGCCCUGGAAAAUGGAAAAUAACCAAAUCUCAACUUAAUCCAGUGGCCCCCCUACUUGGCCUGAGGGUUAUGGCGGAGUCUGAGUUGCUGCAUUUCACAUAUGAUUGUAAGAAGAUAAUGACGAAGAGAAUUCUUUCUUUCGUUGGAUUGUCCCCCCGCUCAAUAUGAUCUCCACCCAAAAUAGUUGGAAUGGAGACUUAUGUCUGCCAGGUUCACAAGGAUGCCCGCUAUAGCCCUCCAAAGGAUGAAAAAUCCAGCACCUGCUUUGCCUGCUCCAGCCAUUCUCACUAGCAAUUCUUCCCAUGGGGCUGUGGACUUGUCCACACCUCAAGGUCCUGCAUCCAGAACUUGCACUGCAUCAGUGUUUGUUACUCCGCCAGCUGGUCGUCAAACCCUGCUACAAGGCAGUGUAGAGCCUAUAGAGAUCGAGGAUUCUGAUGAGGUGCAAGGUGCACAAAGCUCUAACCGACAGAAGAGGAAACUGAUUGGUGAAGAUGAUGUUGAUGUCUCCCUAAGCAACAAGGAAAAGGGGAUCUCAAUCCAGGAGCCUGAGUCUAGGCCUGCGAUGAAGGUCGUCAAGGAUACACUUGGAAAGGGAAAAGGUAAAGCCAGUGAGGUUAUAAAGGACAAGAAAGACAAGAGGAAGCUUGCUGAGGAAGAAGAGAGUUUUGUGUCUGUGCCAUCGUCCCUAUUUGAAGUUAUAAAGAGUGCGGUAGAAAGUUGGGAAGGUUUUUGGAAGAAAUGAGGGAAAUAUGGGUUGAUACUAAGGGUUCUCCUCUUGAGGAAGAGGUGGUCGGGCCUGUCUUACGUCCGAAAUGGAAAGUGAAGGAAGACAGCGCAGUGCUGAAUUCGGUGACCAGAGGUGUCUCGUAUCAACUGUAGAGGGGCAUAAUAUUGAGAAGGGAUUAUGAGGCUGUCAAUGAGUUCAAUCCCUCAAAUAUAAAAUCAUGUAGUGGUCACCUAACUGAUGUAAAUACAUUGUUCCUCUACUACUUUGAAGGUGUUUCACAUAGGUUUAAAACCUUAAUUGAGGUCCAUCAUACUUUCUUGCAGUUGGCCCAGCUGAUACGAGCUUCAGCCCUCCAGGCUGCUAACUUUUGGCAUCAAGCUAUGACCACUGAUAGUCGGACUAAGAAGGAAGGCUUGAAGGUCCGUGGUCUCCAGGAGAAAUAUAACAUACAGCACGCAGAGCACAUAAGUCUAAAAGAACAGGUUGCCGAAGAUGCCACUGAUUAUGAGCAUGACAGAUCUCAAUUGUUGAAUGAGAUAGAGACUUAGGAAUGAACUGACGGAGUCCAAUGAGAUUUGUUGUAAGGAGCCAAAGGUGGGCAAGGAGUCCAUGGUUCUGACGAGUAUCUUCGUCUUGUGCAGCAAAGCAGGUGUGAAGGUGCCAAGGACUUUAUGAAAUUCUCUAUUUUGACUCCAUCGUGGACAACUUGGUAUUAGAGGAUUUUCUUGCCACCUGGACCAAAUGCAUUUCGUAACUCCGGUUACUGGGAGGUCUGAAAGAAGGGAUUGACCUUGAACAGUUAGACAUAACCAAAAAUGACAACCUAAAAGAGUACCUUCCUGAAGAAUUGAAUAUAUCUCCAUGAGUUGUACACAUUGCUCCCUGCUGAUGUGCCCAAAUAGGAAGUCCCUGCUGUCGAGAAAAUUCCAAUCCAAGAAGAGCUUGCAUCCUCAACAACUGAGGCUUCAAACGGCACGGUAGUGGUGAAUAAAGAGGUGGAUAUAUGUGUGAACUAAGCUUCCGUCAGGUGUGAUCAAUCCUGAUACGGAGGUAAAUUGGUUGGCUAUUAUUCCCCUUAACAUGGUGGCAUCCUCUGGGGCUGAACAUGUGACAGGACAUGAAGACAGUGACGAGAGUUUCUGGGAGAGCCUCGAAAU